AUGAAGCGCAUGUCCGACAUGCCUGGGCCUAAGGUCUACAAUGUAUGGUGGGGCGACUACCAUGCGCUCAGGAAGCAGAAGGGUGUUACUACCUACACGCUCUCCUCGGUCGCCCAGAACCCGACUUCCCACAUGGUUCGCGACACCAUUAUCAACGGCUACCGCCGUCUCGCGAAGGAGUUCGUCUUCUGGGCCGUCCCGGCGUCCCUCGUGUAUAGCGUCUACUACUGGGCCGACACGACCUACCACUUCCAAAACAGCAAGGCUGGUCACAUUGCAGCGUUGAAGGAGGGAGGCGAGCACCACUAG